GCAUUUCGCGCCUUGUCUUUCCCCUCGCUGCACCUGCAUUCCCGUUUCUGUCGCUGCUCAGUACCGGCGAUAAGAACGCUGUGUCAGGGCUCCGCAGGCUCGUGUUCUUUGUGAGUAACGAGGGGGUGGACACGCAUUCAGAUGUAGAAAGGCAGCAAAGUUCUUUACAAGUGAGCUCCAAAACCGCAAUCCUCACUUCCUACUGCUCUAACGCUGGAAAGCUGCCAGGAUCUCCAGAAGAAAAGAAUCCCCAAGACAAUGUUGCUUUUGUCCUGAGCUUGUUCGUUAUCUCGGGACGCCUCUGUAAGUCGAUAUUCAUCAAAAAGAACCUGGACGCGGGGGAAGGACAAGGGGCUGGGGCCGGGCAGCCCCGUCCCCCCGCGCUCGCAGGCGAGUGCCAAGGGCCGGGAACAUCCGCUGCUCGGCGGGGGCGACAGGACACGCUCCAAACGCGCCCUCCCGUGAGGGCCCCUCCGCAAGCCCCUCCCCGUGCCCCGGUGCCCGGCAGUGCCCGGCAGGGCCGCUCUCCCUCCUCACCCCCGCACCAGGGUGGGAGGCGCGGGUGCUGCCCCGCCCCUGCCCGCGCUGGGAGGCGCCCGGCGCCGCUACUAAAGGGAGGAUCGGGGCGGGCUGCGCCGUCCUGCUCGGAGCGCUGCAAACAACGCGGCUGGAGCCUGGCAAGGUGGAUUUCUCCUACAAACUUUUCCCCUUUGAGGACCUCCUGCCCAGCUACAGCGAUGUGGUUGUUGGAAAAGAUCAGAGCAUCACAUGAAAAUGGAAACCUCCCCAGCUCGUCCUUCCUGGGACUGCCACAAAGCCAAAAUCUGCCAGAAAAAGCCCAGCUGAGGGCUGCUGCUUUUCCAAAUGUGAUCACUCCUGACAGAAUCCCUGAAUUCUGCAUUCCCCCCAGGCUGACCAGCUCUGGCCCCAGUAAGGGCAGCGGCUUCCACCAGGAUCACAGUUCAGUGGAUGGAGCUCUUACUUCUGAUUACAGCCCCAGCUCUUGCCCACAUCUCAUUCAGGUGGAAAGUGUUGAAGAGGAGAUCUCUGCCCUGGAGGAAGAAAGCACCAAUGCCGACCCACAGUCCCAAGCAGCGCUCUCCCUGCCCCACUUUCCCAGAGCCCCCACCUCCUAUGGCUUCUGCACUUUGCUGGAGAGUCCCCACACCAGGAGGAAGGAGUCCAUCUUCCAUGGUGAUCCCCGUGCGGCUCUGCCCAGCCUGAAGCUGCCCCGAUCCAGAGCUAACACCUUCAGUGGCAAAGGGAGCAUGUCUAACCCCAUUGCCAUCAGCUUUGCUUCGGUGAGGCUGCCGCCCAAGCACCUCUCUCUGCACAGGCAAGCUGCCUGUGACAGUGACACUGCCUCUUCCAGUGAUUCCUCUCCUUUCAGUUCUCCACUUCUCACCAGGUCACCUCCCAGGCCCUGCUCCCUGGUCAAAGCACAAAGUCAGGAGGGGUUUCUCUGCAGAGCACUGAAAGACAAGAGCAAACACAGUAUGCCCAGGAACAAUUCCCUCUCUACAGAGGAGAGCAGCUCCACGGAUAACAGCCCCAGUGCCAUCAGGAGGGCCUCCGAGGGGCUGCUCGGCAUCCGGAGCUUUAGCACCUCCUGCUCUCCCUUGUUUCCAGUGGACCUGAGCUGCAGUCGGGAGAGGCUGGUGGGGGAGAGUGCAGUGGUCAUGGACAAGGGGGGCGUGUUGAGGCUCUCAGCUGAGUACUGCUCAGAGAACGAGAGGCUGCGGAUCCGCCUGAUCAGUGCAGAGGGUCUGUAUGAUGAUUCUGUAGAGCCCAAAACCAUAAACUGCUGCAUCUCCUUCUCCCUGGUGCCAGGGAAAACACAGAAGCAGAGAAGCACAGUUAUAAAGAGAAGCAGAAAUCCCAUCUUCAAUGAGGACUUCUUUUUUGAUGGCAUUGCAGAAGAAGAGCUGUACAGCCUCUCUGUGAGGAUGAAAGCAACAAAUAAAGGGUGCAGUAUGAAAAGGGAUUAUACCUUAGGAGAACGGGAGUUGUCCUUAAUGAGUAUGUUGGCAGUGUAGUGAUUCAAAUAUUCAAACAAACUGUCUUCUGAAAGUUUUCUACUAAAUAAAGUUUUAGCUUGACUUUUA